AUGCAGGGUUCAUCAGGGAGUAAAAAGCUUUCCACAGUCCCAAACAGGUCCUCACAUUUUUUGCCAAAACUUCCAAAGAUUCGUUCAAAGCCCAGGUGGCAGGAUGCAAAACCAAGCUUCAUGCUCCCGGGACAAACAGGCAACCCUGAUGAAGUGUUCACUUGGAUUUCCAGUAAGGGAAAAUGAGGUAGCAUGCAGCAUGGCCAGAGUGUCCGCAGCACGGCCAGAAUGUCUGGAUCGUUCAAUCAAUCUGUGAAGUUGAAGAAGGACCGUGAACAGCUUCGAAGGACGCUUAUCAGCAUUUUCUCGGAGGAAGCAUCAGACGGAGGUGAAAGCUUACAAUCGGCGCACAGUUCUCUAACAUCAACUCAGAUAAGAAUGGCAAAAUAUUAUAACUACAUUCGAUAUGGGAUUGACACACAGCACGUGGGCCCUAUGGAAGAUUUCUGGAUGGAGAGAAUCCUCAGCCGGGUGCCAAGUCACCUGAAGAUGCUAACAAGAUCCACUGAGUUUCUCUCAGAUGAGAUAAGAGAUGAUUAUUUGCUGAGUGCUAAGAAAGCUAUAGUGGAUUUUGCACUGCAAGACCCGAGAGAUAACGAAGAACAGAAAAUUAAAAGUCUUCCGCCUCACAGAGAAGAGAUGGCGGUUGUGCCAAAACCAUGGUAUGAAUCCUACCAUCAGGCACGAAAAAGGAUGAGUCAGCAUCUCCAUGCCAUCAACCCCACCAUGCUAUCUAUAAUGAAGCUGUGGCAUAUGUCCUACAAGAACUUACGUCUUCUCGAUGUAACAGAGUUUCAUACCAGGGAGGAGGCUCUGGAGCUCUUUGUCUUUCAGCAGAUUGUCAGCCGACAUAUUGAAAGUGCUCAGGCCACUCUGCUAAACAAGUGGUUUCCUGAAGUGCAACAAAUCUGCUACCAGGGAAGCAAGCGCAAAUUGGUCCCCAAAAACACAAAUCCAUCACGGCUGCAGUCCUUCUUCAACUGCAUAGCUGCUUUAAUGUCUUCUCAGCUUCAGAGUCUGGCCCUGGAAUCUAUUCAUGACUACACACGCCUGAUAGCUCAGGACCCCUGUUCGGUGAGGGCCUAUGAGCAUCCCGGGUUUGUUCUGCGGCUUGUCCUGAAGCAGAACAAGAUUAUAUUUGAGCCAGAUUUCAAGGACUUUGAGGUAAUUUUGCUGAAGGUCUAUGAAGCUAUGUUGAAAUGCAUCAGCUCAGUGCCUCGAAUGGAGACAGAGCUAUACUCGGAAUGGCCAGGCACAGAAGAUGCUAAAAUGCUGAAACCAGUUAUCCUGCCUGAGAUUCUGGAAGUACAAAAGGAUGAAAUUAAGCGGGUGAUACGUGAAGAAAGCAGUGGGCCAACUGCACAUGUGCGCCUCUACGAUAAAUUUGCUCCGCUGGUAUCGCAACAGGCCGAUCAGGACGUAGAGCAGUUCCUGAUGGAGGAACACUCGUACCAGGACUUAAUAACGGAGGCAACACACUACCAACAGCUGGCUGAUGAGAUCCAGUAUGACUACUGCAAGGUUGUGCGCCUCGGUAUGUUUGAAGUGCACUGCCAGGAGCUUAUUCGUGCACUAGUGAAGCGUGUGGAGGGACUUAAGGAGAAACUGGUCACCCGUCUGCUGGAGGACCACCAGACAUGCAAUAAAUUAUUAUGUGAUGAAUUUGAGAAAAUUGCAACAAAAGCUCACAGCACUCCUUCAAAUACACAAGAGCUCAUGGCUCUUAAGGACUACAUAAAGAAGGUUGAAGCUGAAGAGAUGCCCAAACUCGAGCUCCAACUCAGUGAAUCUAUGAAACGUCUCUGCUUCUUGGCUGGUUAUGAAUUUUCUCCGAUGGACAUAAACCUGAACAAGAAGACCUUCCAGUGGCACAUGCGCAUGCCGUCCAUCUUCGACAGUCACAAAGAAAUUGCUAAAGAGAAGACUGUACAAUUCCAGGAUUUUUUGAAGUUGCGGUGCGAGAGGUUUGUGGAAGAACUGGAAGGAUAUUCAAAGCAGGUGGAGGGGUUUACCCUUUUAGGGGACCUGUCUGAAGUCAGCAAGUAUCUGAAAAAGGCUCAGACACUUAAUUCCAAGCUGGAGACUGCCAUGGAGAAAAUUGAGGGCUUUAACUUGGAAGAAGAAUCAUUUGGAUGGCCCGUCUCCCAGUAUCCUCUAUGCAAGACAGUCCAAGACCAGCUGCUCCCCUACCUUCGCCUUUAUCAGACCGCUACAGAGUUUCAAGCUGAGCAUCAUCAGUGGCUUAAUGGCCAUCUCAUGUCCAUCAACCCUGACAAGGUGGAAGGUGAUGUCAGCAACUACUGGCGCUCGCUCAACAAACUGGAAAAAAAUUUACAGAACUCAUCCAUGGCUCUCCAAAUCAUCACCCAAGUCAAGGCUGAGGUGGAGGACUUCAAGCAACAUAUCCCAUUAGUUCAGGUGCUGUGUAAUCCAGGCUUGCGAGACCGCCACUGGGAGGCCAUGUCAGCUGUGGUGGGUUUCUCCCUGAAGCCUUCACAAGAGGAGGCCUGUAUUUCCCACUUUAUUCCUUUGCACCUUGAGGUCCACUUGCUCAACUUUGAGGGCAUCAGUGAGGCAGCCAGCAAAGAGUACUCACUGGAGAAGGCCAUGGAGCGCAUGACUAGCGAGUGGGCAGACAUGAAGUUUAACCUGUUACCCUACCGUGAGUCUGGCACUUCCAUUCUAUCCUCAGUGGAUGAGAUCCAGAUGCUGCUGGACGACCAUAUAGUCAAGACACAGACGAUGCGCGGCUCGUCCUUCAUUAAACCCUUUGAGGCAGAGAUACUCGACUGGGAGGGCAAGCUGCUGCUGCUACAGAAUAUUUUAGACGAGUGGCUGAAGGUGCAGUGCACGUGGCUCUACCUGGAGCCCAUUUUCAGUUCUCCAGACAUCAUGGCCCAGAUGCCAGAGGAGGGACGUCGCUUCACCACAGUGGACAAAAUCUGGAGGGACCUCAUUAAACAAGUCAGCCUGGACAAGCAUGUCCUGACUGUGGUGGGCAUCAAUAAGAUAUUAGAGAAUCUUAUGAAAAGCAAUGAGCUUUUGGAGCUCAUCCUGAAAGGUCUGAACAAAUACCUGGAAAAAAAGAGACUCUUCUUCCCUCGUUUCUUCUUUCUGUCCAACGAUGAGCUACUGGAGAUUCUUUCUGAGACAAAGGACCCGACCAGAGUGCAGCCGCAUCUAAAGAAGUGUUUUGAGGGAAUUGCCAGUGUUGUGUUUACCGAAGAGCUGGACAUCACACACAUGAAAAGCAGUGAGGGUGAGGUGGUGCAGCUGCUGGACAUCAUCUCCACUUCUAAAGCCCGUGGCCAGGUCGAGAAAUGGCUCCUCCAGCUGGAGAGCGGCAUGCUGAAAUCGAUACACAAGGUGAUAGCGGAAUCACUUGAGGCGUACCCUAAAGAGAAGCGUAUCGACUGGGUGAGAGCCUGGCCAGGUCAGACAGUACUGUGUGUGUCUCAGGUAUACUGGACCAAACACAUCCAUGAAGCCUUGGCCAAGGGGCCACAGGCUCUGGAGACUUAUUUGGAUCAGAACAACAAACAGAUCGAGGACAUAGUGGCACUGGUGCGUGGGAAACUGUCCAAACAGAACCGAGUGACUCUGGGAGCGCUGGUGGUGUUGGAUGUGCACGCCCGUGAUGUCUUGGCCUCGCUUGUCCAUCAGGGUGUAGAUGACGAGAACAACUUUGAGUGGCUCAGCCAGCUGCGUUAUUACUGGAUGGAGGACCAACUCCAGACUAAAAUGAUUAAUGCCGGCCUGGCUUAUGGCUACGAGUACCUGGGUAACACACCUCGUCUGGUCAUCACCCCUCUCACUGAUCGCUGCUACAGAACACUUUUUGGAGCGCUGCACCUGCAUUUAGGAGGAGCUCCUGAAGGCCCGGCAGGUACAGGAAAGACAGAGACCACUAAAGAUCUGGCCAAGGCUGUAGCUAAGCAGUGUGUCGUCUUCAACUGCUCUGAUGGCCUUGAUUACAUUGCUCUGGGAAAGUUCUUUAAGGGCUUGCUAUGCUGUGGUGCUUGGGCAUGCUUUGAUGAGUUUAACCGUAUUGAUCUAGAGGUGCUGUCUGUGGUGGCACAACAAAUUCUCACCAUUCAGAGAGGAAUUGCAACUCAUGCCGAGAUGCUGAUGUUUGAGGGGACAGAGUUAAAGCUCGACCCAACCUGUGCUGUCUUCAUCACUAUGAACCCAGGAUACGCUGGCCGCUCUGAGCUGCCAGAUAACCUAAAGGCCUUGUUCCGCACCGUGGCCAUGAUGGUGCCAGAUUACGCCCUGAUCGCUGAGAUUGUGCUGUACUCUUGUGGUUUUGUAACUGCUCGUCCACUCUCAGUUAAGAUUGUGGCCACAUACCGCCUCUGCUCCGAGCAGCUGUCCUCUCAGAGCCACUAUGAUUACGGUAUGAGGGCUGUCAAAUCUGUCCUCACCGCUGCUGGAAACCUAAAGCUUAAGUUUCCGGACGAGAAUGAAGACAUUCUUCUGCUGAGGUCCAUCAUCGAUGUUAACCUUCCCAAAUUUUUGGCCCAUGACCUGCCACUGUUUGAGGGAAUCACUUCAGAUCUCUUUCCUGGUGUAAAACUUCCCAAACCGGAUUACACUGUCCUACUCGAGGCCAUUAAAGAGAACUGUGGAAAGAUGAACCUGCAGAUGACACAUUUUUUUGCAGAGAAAAUCCUGCAGAUUUAUGAGAUGAUGAUUGUACGUCAUGGCUUCAUGCUGGUGGGAGAACCAUUCGGAGGGAAGACGAGCGCCUAUCGUGUCCUCGCUGCUGCCUUAAAUGAUGUCUGUGAAAAGGGCCUGAUGAGUGAGAACAAGGUUCAGAUCACUGUUAUCAAUCCCAAGUCUAUAACAAUGGGCCAGCUGUAUGGACAGUUCGACCCUGUCUCUCAUGAGUGGUCCGAUGGAAUACUUGCUGUGAGCUACAGAGCCUUUGCCACUUCUCAGACUCCAGACAGGAAGUGGUUGAUCUUUGAUGGCCCUGUGGAUGCUGUCUGGAUUGAGAACAUGAACACAGUACUUGAUGAUAAUAAGAAACUGUGCCUGAUGAGUGGUGAGAUCAUCCAAAUGUCUCCUCAAAUGAGCCUCAUUUUUGAACCCAUGGAUCUGGAAGUGGCUUCACCUGCUACUGUGUCUCGGUGUGGAAUGAUCUACAUGGAGCCUCAUAUGCUGGGGUGGAGGCCAUUAAUGAUCUCCUGGCUCAACACCCUGCCGUCCACACUCAGCUGCGUACAGAAAGACCUUGUUACCGAACUCUUCGAUCGCAUGUUGCCCUCCUGUCUACAGCUUGUCCGCAAAGGGACCAAGGAGCUUUCUCCGACAUCAGACACCAACCUUGCCCGCUCCCUGAUGAACCUGAUGGAUUGCAUGAUGGAUGAGUUUAAAGACGAGAGCCAGAUAAAGGCCAUGAACGAGAGAAAUGUCUGCUCCUGGCUUGAGGGUAUUUUUGUGUUCUGCCUGGUGUGGUCGGUGGGUGCCAGCUGCACAGAGCCUGGGAGAAUGAUGGUUGAUGCGCUUGUUAGGGAGCUGCUUACAGGUGCUCUGUCAGAGGAGACAAAAGCAAGGCAUGGCAUCCUGGAGCACACAGAAGCACCUACCAAGCAGCUCACAGUGCCAUUACCUACUGAGGGGACUCUCUAUGAGUACAACUUCAUUAAAGAGGGUCCAGGCAGAUGGGAGCUGUGGAUCGAGCACCUGAAGCAGGUUCCACCAAUUCCCAGAGACAUGCAGUACAAUGAGAUUAUUAUACCCACAGCAGAUACAGUGCGCUAUACAAUUUUGAUGGAGCUGGUUGUUAUGCACCAGAAGCCCAUCAUCUUUGUGGGGCCCACAGGAACUGGCAAGAGUGUGUACAUCAUCGACUUUCUGUUAAAGCGGCUCAACAAGGAUAUAUACAGUCCUCUGCUCAUCAACUUUUCAGCCCAAACCUCAGCCGCUCAGACUCAGAAUAUCAUCAUGUCCAAGCUGGACAAGAGACGCAAAGGAGUGUUUGGUGCCCCAGUGGGAAAAAAGAUGGUGGUAUUCGUGGAUGAUGUGAAUAUGCCAACGAGAGAGACAUAUGGUGCUCAGCCUCCUGUGGAGCUUCUGCGCCAGUGGCUGGACCACUGGAACUGGUACGACAUGAAGGACUGCUCCACAAUCAACCUGGUGGAUAUACAGCUGAUGUGUGCUAUGGGUCCUCCUGGUGGUGGGAGAAACCCAGUGACACCUCGCUUCCUCCGUCAUUUUAAUGCAGUAACGAUGAAUGAAUUUGAUGAGAAGACCAUGUAUACAAUUUUCUCAAGCAUCUUAGACUGGCACUUAACUAUACGACAUACCUUUCCUGUGGCAUUUGCUACACUCAUGUCUCAGAUCGUGGAGGCCACCCUGGCAGUGUAUCAGGAGGCCACUAAAAACUUGCUGCCUACCCCAGAUAAGUCUCAUUAUCUUUUCAACCUGCGUGAUUUCUCCCGUGUCAUCCAGGGCAUUUGCUUGUCUUGUCCAGAGACUGCAGAUGACCCCACAGCUAUUAAACGCUUGUGGGUGCAUGAGGUGCAGAGAGUUUAUUAUGACCGGUUGGUUCACCAAUCGGACCGCAACUGGAUGGUGGAGUUCUUGCAAACGGUCUGCAAGAGCCACUUAAAGGAGGACUUUCAUCAGCUCUUCAAGCAUCUUGACUUUGACUUGGAUGGACGCGUAACUGAAGAUGACUUGCGCAGUCUCAUGUUCUGUGAUUUCCAUGACCCCAAGGGUGAUGACCGAAACUACCGAGAGGUUGGUGAUCUCGAUCAGCUACGGCAAGUAGUUGAAACCCACCUAGAGGACUAUAACAACAUCAGCAAGGCACCAAUGAACCUUGUACUUUUCCGCUUUGCCAUCGAGCACGUCUGUAGGAUCUCUCGUAUUCUAAAACAGCCACGGGGUCAUGCACUCCUGGUUGGUGUUGGAGGCAGUGGUCGGCAGUCCCUGACUCGCUUAGCUGCUCACAUGGCUGAAGCCGAGCUCUUCCAGGUGGAGAUCUCCAAGAGUUACGGCAUGACAGAAUGGCGUGAAGACCUUAAACAAAUAAUGCGCAAAUCAACAUUCGGGGAUACCCAUGGGGUUUUCCUCUUCACUGACACCCAGAUUAAGAUGGAGUCGUUCCUCGAAGAUGUCAGUAAUUUGCUCAACACAGGGGAAGUUCCCAAUCUUUUUUCUGUAGAUGAGCAGCAGGAGAUCUGUGAACGUAUGCAAGCCCUGGAUCGUCAGCGGGAGCGGGAGAAGCAGACAGAUGGAAGUUCUCUGGCGCUGUUCAAAUUGUUUGUAGAGCGAUGUUGUAGUCAAUUGCAUGUGGUGCUGGCCAUGAGUCCAAUAGGUGAUGCCUUCCGAGGCCGUCUGCGACGUUUUCCUGCACUUAUCAACUGCUGCACCAUAGACUGGUUUCUGAGCUGGCCUAAUGAUGCUCUACAAGCUGUGGCAUCUCGUUUCCUGGAGGACACUGAGAUGACAAAUCAUGUCCGUGCCAGCUGCAUAGACAUGUGCCAGAAAUUCCACACUUCCACAAUCAAUCUGUCAGCACGGUUUUUGGUUGAGCUGCAGCGCCACAACUACGUCACCCCAACCUCCUAUCUUGAGCUCAUCUCAACCUUCAAAAUCCUGCUGGAGUCAAAGAGAGCUGAGGUAAUGAAGCUAAAACUGCGCUAUGAGGUUGGCCUGGAAAAGUUAAACUCUGCUGCCGCUCAAGUGGCCACCAUGCAAGUUGAACUUGAGGCGCUUCAGCCUCAGCUCCGCGUGGCUAGCAAAGAGGUGGAUGAGAUGAUGGUAGUCAUUGAGCAUGAAUCUGUUGAGGUGGCCACGACAGAGAAGGUUGUUCGCAUGGAAGAGGAGGUGGCAAAUGAACAGGCCACAGCUGCCAAGGCCAUUAAAGAUGAGUGUGAUGCAGACUUAGCUGUUGCCCUUCCCAUCUUGGAGUCAGCUCUAACUGCACUUGAUACACUCACCCCCCAGGACAUUACGGUAGUAAAAUCCAUGAAGAGCCCCCCAGCUGGUGUCAAACUUGUGAUGGAGGCCAUAUGUAUUCUGAAAGGCAUUAAACCUGAUCGCAUCCCUGAUCCUUCCGGCUCAGGCAAAAAGAUUGAGGACUUCUGGGGCCCAGCCAAAAAGCUUCUAGGUGACAUGAAGUUUCUGCAGAGUCUCCAUGACUACAAUAAAGACAACAUUCCAUCUGCUUACAUGACGAUCAUCCGCAGCAAAUACAUCACCAACCCAGAUUUUGUUCCUGAGAAAAUCCGUACAGCCUCCACCGCAGCUGAGGGCCUUUGUAAGUGGGUCUGUGCUAUGGAUGCUUAUGACAAGGUUGCAAAAGUUGUAGCCCCUAAGAAAGAGAAGUUGGCACAAGCAGAAGCGAAGCUGAAGCUAGCAACAGAGAGCCUCCAAAAGAAGCAGGCAGCUCUAAAGGAGGUCCAGGACAAACUGGAAAAACUUCAGGAGACUCUAGAGGCCAACAAGAACAAGAAAUCUGACCUGGAACAUCAGGUGGAGCUGUGCAGUAAGAAGCUGGAGAGAGCAGAACAACUGAUUGGCGGUUUAGGAGGAGAGAAGACACGUUGGAGUGAGACUGCGUUGAACCUGGGAGAACUCUACAUCAAUCUUACUGGAGAUAUUCUCAUUUCAGCUGCUAUUGUAGCCUACCUUGGGGCAUUCACAUCAAGUUAUAGACAGAGUGCUACAGCAGAAUGGAUCAAGCUGUGUAAGGACAGAGGGAUCCCCUGUUCUAAGAAUGUGUCUCUAAUGCAUUCACUGGGAGAACCGGUGAGAAUUAGAAGCUGGACAAUUGCUGGCCUUCCAUCAGAUAGUUUCUCCAUUGACAACGCCAUCAUCAUUUCGAAUGCAAGGCGAUGGCCUUUGAUGAUCGACCCACAGGGUCAAGCAAACAAGUGGGUAAAGAACAUGGAGAAAGCCAACAGCCUGCACAUUAUCAAGCUGAGUGACAGCGACUAUGUGAGAACGCUGGAGAACUGCAUUCAGUUUGGCACGCCAGUGCUGCUGGAAAAUGUGGAUGAGGAGUUGGACCCCAUACUUGAGCCCUUGCUGCUGAAGCAGACGUUUAAGCAGGGUGGGAGUGUGUGUAUCCGACUGGGAGACUCCACCAUAGAGUACUCACCAGACUUCCGCUUCUACAUCACCACCAAACUACGCAACCCACAUUACCUGCCAGAGAUUUCAGUUAAGGUGACACUUCUGAACUUCAUGAUUACGCCUGAGGGAAUUCAAGACCAGCUGCUUGGUAUAGUAGUGGCUCGAGAGAGACCAGAUCUAGAAGAGGAGAAACAAGUCCUCAUCCUGCAGGGAGCAGAAAACAAGAGACUGCUUCAGGAAAUCGAAGACAAGAUCCUGGAAGUACUCUCGUCAUCUCAAGGUAACAUCCUGGAGGAUGAGAGCGCUGUAGAGAUUCUCUCCUCCUCCAAAGUGCUGGCCAAUGAAAUCUCAGAGAAGCAAGCUGUGGCUGAGGUGACGGAAACAAAGAUUGAUAAAACACGUUUGGGCUACAAGCCCAUCUCAGUUCAUGCUGGCAUUUUGUUUUUCUCCAUCGCUGAUCUGGCCAACAUUGAGCCCAUGUACCAGUACUCACUCGGCUGGUUCAUCAAUCUCUUUAACUCAUCCAUCGACAACUCGGACAAGAGCGAGGUUCUGGAGCAGAGAUUGCAGAUCCUAAAAGACCACUUCACCCACUCACUUUAUGUCAAUGUGUGCCGAUCACUCUUCGAGAAAGACAAGCUGCUCUUCUCCUUUUGCCUCAGUGUCAACCUGCUUAAACACCAAGGACUUAUUGAUGAGGUUGAGUGGCGCUUUCUGCUGACGGGCGGCGUGGGUCUGGAUAACCCUCACACCAAACCCUGCAAGUGGUUGGCCAAAAAAUCAUGGGACGAGAUCUGUCGCCUGGACGAGCUGGAUUGCUUCAAGGGCCUACGUAAAGACCUGGAACACAUCAGUGAUAAAUGGAAAGAGGUGUAUGACAGCAGGGAUCCUCAUCACACACCUUUUCCUGGAAUGUGGCAAGAGAAACUGGGACAAUUUCAGAGAAUGUUGGUCAUACGCUGCCUGAGACCAGACAAGAUCAUUCCUAUGGUGCAGGAGUUUGUGUCCAGCAGCUUGGGACAGCAGUUUAUUGAGGUGCCUCCAUUUAACCUGGGGAAGGCAUUUGCAGACAGUCACAGCUGCGCUCCCCUCAUCUUCAUCCUCUCACCAGGCUCUGACCCCAUGGCAGCUCUGCUGAAGUUUGGAGAUGAACAGGGCUUUACAGGCAACAAGUUGACCUCUCUUUCACUGGGCCAAGGCCAGGGUCCCAUUGCAAUGAAUAUGAUUGAGGCAGGAAUGAAGGAAGGAACCUGGGUGGUGUUGCAAAACUGCCACCUGGCCAUAUCCUGGAUGGCAACGCUGGAACGUGUUUGUGAGGAGCUCAAUCCAGAGACCACACAUCCAGACUUCCGUCUGUGGCUUACCAGUUACCCCUCACCUAACUUCCCCGUGGCUGUCCUUCAGAAUGGUGUUAAGAUGACCAAUGAGCCCCCCAAAGGCUUGCGUUUCAACAUCAUUGGCUCUCUUAAUACGGACCCCAUCUCUGAUCCGGAGUUCUUCAACAGCAGCUCAAAGCCGGCGGUGUUUAAGAAGCUCAUGUAUGGCCUAUGUUUCUUUCAUGCACUUAUCCAAGAGCGAAGGAAGUUUGGGCCUUUGGGCUGGAACAUCCCCUAUGAGUUCAAUGAAACUGACUUGCGCAUCUCAGUCCAACAGCUGCAUAUGUUCCUGGACCAGUAUGAAGAUGUGCCGUUUGAUGCACUGCGCUACAUGACAGGUGAGUGUAAUUAUGGAGGACGUGUGACGGAUGACUGGGACCGCCGGACCCUCCGCACCAUCCUCUCUAUCUUCUACACAAAUAAGGUCAUUGAAGACACAAUGUACAAGUUUGACCCAAGUGGGAUUUACUACUCACCGCCUGAAGGAGACCUCAGUAGCUACAUAGAGUACACCAAAGGACUCCCACUGUACCCGUCGCCAGAAGUCUUUGGCAUGAACGCCAACGCUGACAUCACCAAGGACCAGGUGGAGACGCAGCUCCUGUUUAACAGCAUCCUCCUUACCCAGUCUCGGAUGACUGGUGGUGAUGCUAAAUCCUCUGAUGACAUGGUGUAUGAAGUGGCUGCAGACAUUUUGGGCAAACUCCCAAAAGACUUUGACACGGAAGCAGCCAUGCGCAAGUUUCCCACCAGUUACAAACAGAGCAUGAACACUGUGCUGGUGCAGGAGAUGGGUCGAUUCAACAAGCUUCUGCGCACAAUCCGUGACUCAUGUAUCAACAUUCAGAAGGCCAUUAAGGGGCUGGUGGUAAUGUCAGCUGAGUUAGAGGAAGUAGUGACAAGCAUCCUGAAGGGCCGUGUCCCAGGAAUGUGGAUGAAAAAGUCAUAUCCAAGCCUUAAACCUCUUGGAGGAUACGUUAGUGACUUCCUGGAGAGACUCAAAUUUUUGCAGGACUGGUAUGAUAAUGGUAUGCCAGUUGUGUUCUGGAUGUCAGGCUUCUUCUUCACCCAAGCUUUCCUAACUGGAGCUCAGCAAAACUAUGCUCGCAAACACACCAUCCCAAUCGACCUGCUCGCCUUCAACUUUCAAGUCAUGGAUGAAAUAAGGUUUAUAGAGCCACCUGAGGAUGGCAUCUACAUUAGUGGUCUAUUCCUUGAAGGGGCACGCUGGGACAGAGAAAAGAAACUGCUGGCAGAAUCUUACCCCAAGGUCCUCCAUGACACCAUGCCAGUGAUUUGGCUGAUCCCCAUGAAGAAGCAGGACAUCCCUGAGUGCCUUUGCUACAUUUCACCAGUAUAUAAGACGAGUGAGAGACGGGGGACGCUGUCAACCACAGGCCACUCGACCAAUUAUGUCAUCUCCAUGAGCCUCAACUCAGACAGACCACCUGAACACUGGAUUCGUCGCGGAGUUGCUCUUCUCUGCCAGAUGGAUUCAUAAAGAAGCAGUCCAUACUGGUGGCACAACCAUACCACCAUGUAUAGUAUCCACAAAUAUAUACUGUUCACUGUUACUGUACUGUUAACCAAAAAAGCAUUUUUUUUCUAUACUCUUUGUACUCUCUAUACUAUAUGUUGCAUGUACUGUAUAAAUACUGUUAGCUAUCAUUCUGGUAAUAAUAAACAAUGUUUCAUUGCUAACCCUUAUUUUUAUCUGUAUGAGACUAGACUUUUUGUUGUUUUUGGUAAGCAAAAAGAAAACCAUAAUUUAAAAACUGCAUUUUCUAUAUA